AUGUCUCAAGCUGAUGACGGCGAGGAUAUCAAGCCGAAGCUGAAUCUCACCAUCAAUUAUGAAGGCAAACUUGUAACGGUGAAGGUGAAAGCCAAUAUGCAUUUCAAGAAGAUUUUUUCUGUGGCAGAGUGUGGCUUAUGGCAUAGUAUAGGAACAUUCAAGUUUGUAUUCGAGGGUGAACGUCUCAAUCCUGUCGACACACCAGCAGGGCUCGGUAUGGAGGACAACGACCAAAUCGACGCACACGUGCAGCAACAAGUUCGAGGCGGCGGAUGGAAGAGGGAAGCUUUUCGAAGAUGCUAG